GAUUUGUCGAUGUUUUGCCGAAUAUCCGGCCAUAAAAGCCGGGGCAAGGUCAUAACCACAACAGUUCACAGCGAGAUGCUUUGGCGCUGGGAGUAUCUUAUUCUGGGCAUGCUGCUCUUGGCCGAGCUCACCCAACUGGGUGAAGCCGUGGCAACCAACAAGCAAAGGAGAAACAGGAGACUGAGAAAAGCCAACGGAGCAAAGAAGUUGGCGGGCAGAAAAAACGGAACCGGAAACAGAAGCAAUCGCAACCAAGCUGCUGGGAGGAAACUCAACGCGAAGGGGGUUAACCAAAACAAAAAGGCCGCCACAUCGUCCAAGAUUCAGUCCAGGAUUGUGGGUGGCACCAGCACCACCAUUUCCACCACGCCCUACAUUGUCCAGUUGCGUCGAGGCUCGAAUCUGUGCGGUGGUUCUAUCGUCGAAAAACAAUGGAUUCUAACUGCCGCCCAUUGUGUCAAGGGAUACAGUGCCUCCGACUUCACGGUGCGCGCUGGAACCACCACUUUGGAUGGCAGUGAUGGCGUCACUCGCGCCGUGACUUCCAUUCACGUGGCGCCCAAAUUCACCACGAAGAAAAUGAACAUGGAUGCCGCUUUGCUCAAGCUGAACCAAACCCUGACGGGCACAAAUAUCGCAACCAUUUCCAUGGGCAGCUAUCGACCCAAGGCCGGUGCAAGGGUACGCAUUGCAGGAUGGGGUGUGACCAAGGAAGGUGGCACCACGGCAUCCAAGACGCUGCAGACCGCACAGGUAAGGGUGGUCAGGCAGCAGAAGUGCCGGAAGGAGUACCGCGGUCAGGCUACCAUCACCAAGUACAUGCUCUGUGCCCGCGCUGCCGGCAAGGAUUCGUGCAGCGGAGAUUCCGGCGGCCCAGUGACCAGGAACAACACGCUCCUGGGCAUCGUGUCCUUUGGUUAUGGUUGCGCCAGAGCCGGCUAUCCAGGCGUUUACACAGCCGUGUCUGCGAUCCGCCAGUGGGCUACAAAAGUCAUGGCCAACAAUUGAGGAUCGCAAGCUAAAGCGAUACAAGUUUCGAACUAACCUAGAUCUUAAGGUCGUUGAAAGCUAGUUGCCACUUAAUAAAUGUUUGUUAAUUAAA